UCCGCUUUUUGGGGCUGUCUUGCAAUCCUAAGAAACCAGCAAUUGCUGAAGAAGAGACCAUUUCAAAAUCUACCUUGAUUGAUUAAAGCAACUAUGAGGAAAAAUGCAAAUCUUCACGCAGUAAGGGCAUUUAGUGAUAGGAAGUGGAUUCUUCCAUUCUUCGCAAGCUUGCUCGUUUCUGUUACUCUAUUUUUAGCUGCAGUUUUUGGGAUUUUCUCAUCACCAUAUGCUGGAGAUCCACUCUCUUUUGACUUCAUUUCAUCUGCACGAAUGGAGGAUUCCAGUGAGUAUUAUGUGGAAUCGGAUUUAAAGCGCUCUCUGGACCCAUCUGAUGAUUCGAGAUUGGAACCACCCAGGAUAGCUUAUCUGAUUUCUGGGACAAAGGGUGAUGCCCAGAGGAUGAGGAGGACGUUGCAGGCAGUGUAUCAUCCCAGGAAUCAAUAUAUUAUGCACUUGGAUCUUGAGGCUCCUCCCCGUGAAAGGAUAGAACUGGCAACGUUGAUCAAGAUUGAUCCUACGUUUCGUAAGUUGGAAAACGUGCGAGUAAUGGCUAAAUCCAACUUGGUAACUUACAAGGGUCCUACGAUGAUCGCUUCUACCCUCCAAGCAGUAGCAAUCCUGUUGAAGGAAAAUGCUGAUUGGGACUGGUUUAUAAAUCUCAGUGCUUCAGAUUAUCCUCUGGUCACACAAGACGAUCUGCUUCAUGUUUUCUAUAAUUUGUCAAGGGAUCUUAAUUUCAUAGAACAUACAGAGAUUGUUGGGUGGAAACUGAACCACAGAGCAAGACCAAUAUUUAUUGAUCCGGGUCUUUACUUAUCAAAGAAGUUUGAUAUUUUUAAGACUAGUCAAAGUCGAUCACUUCCAACAUCUUUUAAGUUAUUUACAGGUUCAGCAUGGGUAAUGCUUUCACGGUCGUUUCUUGAAUUUUGCGUAUUGGGAUGGGACAAUUUUCCCCGGAUUGUCUUAAUGUAUUUUACAAAUUUCAUCUCUUCCCCGGAAAGCUACUUCCACACUGUAAUUUGCAACACUGAAGAAUUUCAGACCACUGUUGUGAAUCAUGACCUUCACUACAUUGCUUGGGAUAAUCCUCCAAAGCAGCAUCCUCACUACUUAACAAUUAAGGAUUUCAACAACACAGUUAAAAGUGGAGCUAUAUUUGCUAGGAAAUUUGCGAAGGAUGACCCAGUCUUGGACAAGAUUGAUCAGGAGCUUCUAGGUCGGCCUGAAGGCCAGUUUGUUCCUGGUGCAUGGUGCGUUGGAAGCUCUGAUGGUGGGGCUGACCCUUGCUCUUUGAGAGGCGAUGAUUCAGUUUUUAGGCCUGGUCCAGGUGCUGAGAGGUUGCAAGAACUUUUGCAGAAGCUGUUGUCAGAAGAUCGUUACAACAACAGUUGUUCAUCUCCCAGUAUAGAACCAACUAAUGUAACUGUACAUUAACGCAUAAAUGAAAUGUAUAUGAUUGGUGUAAAUUUUCAAAAUCUGAUACGAAAAUGUUGUAA